CCUCCCCUGGCCCCGCCCCACCGCGCCUCGCUCCGCUACGGGUCGGCUCGGCUUUGCCSCCCGCCGGCUCUCCUCGGUCCGGAAUCCCGCUCGGCACCGCCCGCGGCGGCGGGUCUCGGGCAGAGCCAGGUCGGGGAGGUUCGGCGAGGCGGGGCGGGGCUGUGGAGGGGGCGGGGGCGCCCCCUCUGCCCCCUUUCCAUAGAAAAAGUUGCCCUUGGGCGCGGGAACGCUUCCGGGGCAGCAGCAUCAUCGUCACCCGCACCGUCGUCAUUACCGUCAUCAUCAUGACAACGCUUCGCGCCUUCACCUGCGACGACCUCUUCCGAUUCAACAACAUCAACUUGGACCCGCUGACCGAGACCUACGGCAUUCCCUUCUACUUGCAAUACCUCGCCCACUGGCCCGAGUAUUUCAUCGUCGCCGAGGCGCCCGGCGGGGAGCUGAUGGGUUACAUCAUGGGCAAAGCCGAAGGCUCCGUGGCUAGGGAAGAAUGGCAUGGACACGUUACCGCUCUCUCCGUUGCGCCAGAAUUUCGACGGCUGGGUUUGGCUGCUAAACUGAUGGAGCUAUUGGAAGAAAUUUCAGAAAAAAAAGGUGGAUUUUUUGUCGAUCUCUUCGUGAGAGUGUCAAAUCAGGUUGCCGUGAAUAUGUAUAAGCAACUAGGCUACAGUGUGUACCGGACGGUAUUAGAGUACUACUCCGCUAGCAGCGGAGAGCCAGACGAAGACGCUUACGGUAAGUUUUCGUUCUGUUUCGAGUCAAAUGGAACGAUUCUCAUGUCAAGGGUUCCUGGGCACAUUUGUAAGACUAUUAUUAUUUAUUUUGGUACAGGAAACAAUUUCAGAUAGUUGCUGAUUAGUGGGAUUUUUCUACCCUUUCUCAAGGAUUUUUUACUAGAGAAAAAUCCUACUUUUACAAAACUUAAUCUUGCCGUUUACACAUUUUGUAGUGUCUCUGACAAAAUCAACUCCAGAACAAGAGGAAACAGGAAGGAAUGGCAGCCCUUUCUUCCUUUCAUCCCAUAACAAGGACUUGAAAUUUUGUUUUUCUGAUAUGACUAACUACAAAUUAACAAGCGUCCGCGGUCAACGGCGGUGGAGAGUCAGGCGACACGUUCCGUUCGAAACGAAGGAACGUGGAAAUUCAAGCGUGUUAAUGUUAACUCCAUUUACAAAAGUGAACUACCAGGUGCUUCCUCUUUCUAGAUCUUUUCUUCUUUUAAGUAUCCUCCCAAAGCGUUACUCGGCCGUGCCGCGUAUCGUUUCUGUUCUCGUGCUCCAUAUUUGAUACGGAGGAGCGCUGCAAAAUACGAGGGCUACGGACAGACACCCGCCAUUGUUACGGGUGCCUUAACUUAUAUAUUUAUCCCUUUAGCCCGUCAUUUCCUUUCCAUUCGGCCGAGUUUCACGCAAUGUUUUAUAUCGGUCUAUACGAUUGCCACCGAACAUUAAGGACACGAAACUAUUAGCAUGUCCCGAGGAGAACGACCGAGACGGUGAGAGGUCUCGAGGCGAGACUUAGGAGGAGCGGUCGAUAUCCACGGGUUUGUUCCACUUGGAGAGAGAAAGCUGAGGCAUGCCCUCGUCACUAACUUCCUCAGCUAGGGCAGCGGCAGAGGCAGGCAUCGAUCUCCUCUCUCCGGUGCCCAGUGACGGGACAUGAGGAGACGGAGCAAAGCCGUGUYGGGGAACGUUCACGUGGGACGUUGGGGAAAGGCUCUUUGAGGGGACGGUCGGUGACUGCGACGGCGUUGCUGGGUAAACGGUCACGACGCCAAGCCCGUCAGAGUUUGAGGAAUGCGUGGACGACGGCCCUGAUCGUACGGUGCAGUUUCGGGUAGUCCCGCGUGCAGCGGGGAGUCUCGUUCUUACGGUCCCCUGUGACUUGAGGUAGUCUUAAGAUUCCAGGAAAUUCUCUGGAUUAAAAAUGAUCUUAUUUUAAUUGAAGAAUUCAUUUCAUACGCAUUUGUAUGUAAUGACUGCAUUACUAUAAUAACUUUUUUCCUUUUG